GCGGACGGCCGUUUUCCCGUGUCUCCGUUUCUCGCCCGGUUUUGACGCUCGACGCCCCGCGGGAAACCGGCGGUGAUGGAGGCCGCCGCGGCCGGUGGAUGUUCCUCGCUGGCGGAGGACGCGGACGCGGUGCUCGGCUGCGGGAUGGAGCCUGCGGAGAUCGAAGCUGCUCUUAAGAAGACCUGCUUAACCGAGAUGCCGUCGUCCUCGUGUCACUCCAGCUCUGGCCCUGAGAAGAAGAUCGGUCACCGGCGGGUCGAUGCGUCCGGCGAGACCACAUACAAAAAGACGACCUCGUCCGCCCUGAAAGGAGCCAUUCAGCUGGGCAUCGGCUACACUGUGGGCAACCUGAGCUCCAAACCCGAGCGGGACGUCCUCAUGCAGGACUUCUAUGUGGUGGAGAGCAUUUUCUUCCCCAGUGAAGGCAGUAAUCUGACCCCAGCGCAUCACUAUCCAGACUUCAGGUUUAAAACCUACGCUCCCGUGGCCUUUCGCUACUUCAGAGAGCUCUUCGGGAUUCGACCGGACGACUACCUGUAUUCUCUGUGUAAUGAGCCCCUGAUUGAGCUCUCGAACCCAGGCGCCAGUGGCUCCAUCUUCUACGUGACUCGAGAUGAUGAGUUUAUCCUGAAGACCGUCAUGCAUAAAGAGGCGGAGUUUCUGCAGAAGCUGCUGCCUGGAUAUUACAUGAAUCUGAACCAGAAUCCACGGACACUGCUGCCCAAGUUCUUCGGCCUGUACUGCGUUCAGUCUGGCGGGAAGAACAUCCGCAUCGUGGUGAUGAAUAACGUGCUGCCGCGUGUUUUCCGCAUGCACCUCAAGUUUGACCUGAAGGGCUCCACGUACAAGCGCAGAGCCUCUAAGAAGGAGCGAGAGAAGAACAGGCCCACAUACAAAGACCUGGACUUCAUGCAGGACGUUCAGGACGGGCUCCUGCUGGACGUGGACACCUACAACGCCCUGCUUAAAACCCUGCAGAGGGACUGUCUGGUGCUGGAGAGCUUUAAGAUCAUGGACUACAGUCUGCUGCUGGGUGUUCAUAAUGUGGAGCAGGCGGAGCGGGAGCGUCAGAUGGAGGGAUCUCAGGGCAGUGAUGAGAAGCGGCCGGCGGCUCAGAGAGCGCUUUACUCCACCGCCAUGGAGUCCAUUCAGGGCGGAGCGGCGUGUGGAGACUCCAUCGACACUGACGACACAAUGGGUGGCAUUCCUGCGGUCAGUGGGAAAGGAGAGCGACUGCUGCUCUUCAUCGGCAUCAUAGACAUCCUGCAGUCCUACAGACUCAUAAAGAAGCUGGAGCACACGUGGAAAGCUCUGGUCCACGAUGGGGACACUGUUUCUGUCCACCGGCCGAACUUCUACGCUGACCGCUUUUUCAGGUUCAUGAGCGCCAAUGUGUUCAAGAAAAGCACUUCACUGAAGGCGUCUCCAGCUAAGAAGGGCCGCUCAGUUCUGGCGGUGCCCAAAUUCAGUGUCCCUGGAGCGGCCUGGUCUGCCAGUCAGCUCCCCUCAGAGCGAGACGAGAACAUUUAUGACCUGAGAGGAGCUCGCAGCUUCCCUGUGCUGGAGAACGACGGUCUGCAGUCUUGCACUCCUCCAUCAUUUGAAGAAGCAACAACGGCAUCGGUGGCCACGACUCUGUCCUCCAACACCUCCAUAUCAAUCCCAGAGCGCUCACCGUCAGACACCAGUGAACAUCCACGAUACAGAAGACACACACUGUCUCUGAAAGACGCUGAGGGAAGGACUCAUGAGGUGGUGGAUGUGCAUGAAGAAGACCAGCAGACCAUCACUGUACAAGUGGAGGUAAAGAGAGAAACAGAAGAAGAUGAGGACGAGGGAGAGACAGACGCCUCUCAGACACACACUGAUCCAGAGACACACAUUGCAGCAGAGACAGACAUUCCUCCUCCAUCUGCAGUAUCAGAUUCAGACCCUGCUGAUGAUCUGGAGACACAAACAGCAUCUUCAGCUCCAGAUGAUCAGGAAAAUCCUCCUCCAGCAGUCUCCGAGCAGCAGACGGCAGCAGAUCCUCCAGAAGCAGAAAGCAGAAGCACUGAAUUAGCAGAACCUAACCCACAAACGCAGCUUCCCCCAGCAGAUCCGCUGUCCCAGAGCCAGAGCCACGAGUCUCUGGAGGAAGAGCUCGCAGCAAACACCGACAUCUACUUCUAAACUUGAGGAUCAGAAGACUCAGAGAUGAUGUGAUGAAGUGUUGAUCCUGAAGAAGCUUCCACAAAAGAAACAGCACUCCUUUUCUACCUGGUGCCACUUUCCAGAACGUUUCUCUCUCUAAAACUGAGUGCGUGUGAGAGUCCAGCAUCCCUCAAUAUACCACUGGCCACUGUGGACCACCCACAAUGCAUUGCAACUAGACUUCCUGCAGAACAAUCAUGCAAUCAUCCUGUGAAAGCGAGUUUCUUCAGUGUGGAGCGUGCUCAGUAUACAACAUCAACUCCUCCUGUGUGUGUUCUGGUGUACUAGAGUGUGUGUACUGUAUGAUCUGCUUGAUUUAGUGCAGUCCAGAAAACACUGAUCUUCAUCAUCAUCAUCAUCAUCAUCAUCACGUGAGUCUGAACACGCUUCUCUUCUACAUUCUCUUCUCUGUGGGCUUUCUUUCACAUCAGGAGGGAUCUCUGCUGGACUGUUUUAUUGUUUGACAUCAUGUUCAUGAAAACACAUUGGUUUGAUCCUGCAGUGCCUGAACAUGCUUAAAACAAGAUACGUUUGCUUGAGGAGUACAACUGAGUUCAGUUUAAGACUUUUUGAGAACUUCAUCUCCUGAAUUAAGACAGAUUUCCUCUUAUUUUAAAAUAAUAAUAAUAAUGUUAUCAUUUUACUUCAGAAUUUAAAUGAUAUUUAAGACUUUUUAGGACUGAAUAUCCUGAC